UGGAGCCCACUCAUUUAUUGUGGAUGUGGAUGAUGAGUUAAUAAAACAGCAUUUUAGUGAAGCUGAACGUCUAGAAAUGGAGAAUGAAUGUGUUCCGGAAAUACCACAGCUGUCACAAGACAUUAUAGAUUAUCUUAUCAAAUUUAACGAUAAAAAAACACUAAAGGAGAUACGUAAAGCAAUUAAUGAACCAGAUAAAAGGUUUGAUAUGAAAUAUGAUCAAGAUGCUUACCAUGAUCUAGAUUACAUUAGAUUUGUGUUAUACGCACUAGUUAGGGAAAUUGAGAGUGGAGGAUUAAAAGGCCAGAAUGUCAUCGUUGAUCAAGGUGAAUGCACCAGCGCCGCGAAUGCUGAGCGGAAGAAUGCGCAUAGGAUGGAUACGAACACUCGGAGAAAGUAUGGACACCGAGGCAAUUGGAUCUUAAGACAAAUUGGAAAUGGUGAAUGUGAUGAAUAUGGUAUUGGCGAAGCGGGAAAGUUGUGGUUUGACGAUCAUGGGACGAAAUUCCUGAAGGAAACAUGUAUUAAAUCACCAAAAUCUUUAAAGGAUAUGUUGUUAAAGCUCAUGAAAAAAGUAGGCUGGGAUAAAGAAUUGUGCAAGAAACUACAAACGGUACCAGAUAUUGAGGGAAAUUUUUCGGAUGUUUUGCAAAUUCUGGCAGUGGUACUAAACAUCAAGGCUGUCAUUAGAGAAACUAUCAAGAUAGUUCAAUCCAAACCUACACGAUCAGAUGUACAGAUAUCUGAAGAUUUUGUACAAGCAGGCAUAAAGAAACGAUCUUGA